CUCAAUCUCAUUUUAGUUAGAUGUAUUUUGAUUGGAUACGAAAUUUUAAUAUAAAAUAAAUUUAUAGUUUAUAUCUUCACAUACAUAAAUUUACAAGUUUGACAUGGAUUACAUAUAAUUCGAAGCGCUUGGUUGUUCGAAUAUUGAUUCGAAAUAUUUUCUUUCGAAAAUAACCUGGUGUUGUGUAACAUAAACAUCUAGCAUUCAACAACAACUACUAAAGGGUGAAAAAAGAAGUGAAAAUGAGUGAAGAAGGUGAGAAAGCAGAGAGCUCAAAACUUCUGGUGAAUGAGAAGGGGAAGUUGAUGACAGCCACCAGUGACGAAAAUCUCAAGGACAUUUUUCACACGAUCAGAAUGAGUAAAACUCCGGCUGUAAUAAACUAUGGGGCUUCUUGGUGUCGUGUCUGCAACCAGAUCCUUCCUACAUUUCAAGACCUGAGCAAAAAGUUCCCAACACUCUCUUUCGUUUAUGCUGAUAUUGAUGAAUGUCCAGAAACAACUCAGAACAUUCGCUACACGCCAACAUUUCAUUUCUACCGCGAUGGUGAGAGAGUUGAUGAGAUGUUUGGUGGAGGAGAAGAGCGCUUGCAUGACCGUCUCUGGUUGCAUUCGUAGAAGAAGCUUUUCAAUAAUAAAUUAAUGUGUGACAGAUGACCAAACAUUUGUAUCAAGUAGCAAACCUAUUACCUAAUUGUAUUUGCAAACAGUGUGUUUCGAGACAAAGAAAGCAAACCAAUUUGAUAUAA